UCUGAGGAAAAUUAAGUUCUUACACCAUGCCUGAACCAGCGAAGACCGCACCUAAGAAGGGCUCAAAGAAAGCGGUGACUAAAGCCGCUGGUAAAGGAGGAAAGAAGCGCAAGAGGACAAGAAAGGAGAGCUAUGCCAUCUACGUGUACAAGGUGCUGAAGCAGGUUCAUCCUGACACUGGAAUCUCCUCAAAGGCGAUGGGCAUCAUGAACUCGUUCGUCAACGACAUUUUCGAGCGCAUCGCCGGUGAGGCUUCCCGUCUUGCUCAUUACAACAAGCGCUCCACCAUCACAUCGAGAGAGAUCCAGACCGCCGUGCGUCUGCUGCUGCCCGGGGAGCUGGCCAAACACGCCGUAUCUGAGGGCACAAAGGCCGUCACUAAGUACACCAGCUCCAAGUAAAGCGCCGAGUCAUCUACUGCUACCCAAAGGCUCUUUUAAGAGCCACCCAUACUGUCUUUAAAUGAGCUUAUCUUAAACGUGUUAUUUGUUUACUCGCAAAAUUCACAUCGAAGCACAAACUCUGGCUUAAGUGCUAGAAUAUUAAUGGUCUUCAAACAUAUAUACGGAUGUGUACGUACUUCGUCUAUUAAUAAUUAACUUGUAAAGUAAUGUUUUCUGUGUUUUGCUAUAUGUAGUGUGAUAGAUGAAGAAAGCAGGAAGCUUGUAAUCAUUGGCUUGCAUGGUCUUUGUUUUUCGGCAUUCAUGGAAAUAUCAUUUUUAUUUUCGAAUAAAGAAACUCAAAGGUUUAAUCACUCUAGG